AAGUCUCGCGCGAAAACUCCAGGAAAACCGGCGAGGUGGUUGCACUUCCGCCAUCGCUUCAGAGGGUUGCUGGCUGGACGCCGACACUCAAGGGGCUUUGUUGGCAUCAUGUUCCUGACCGCGCUCCUCCUGCGCAACCGCAUUCCCGGCAGGCAGUUGAUCGGGAAGCAUCGGCGGCCGCGCUUCGUGUCUUCGCAGGCGAAGCAGAACAUGAUCCGUCGCCUGGAGAUCGAAGCAGAAAACCACUACUGGCUGAGCAUGCCAUACCUGACCGAGGAGCAGGAGUACGGCCACGCCGCGGCGCGCAGGGCAGAGGCCUUCGAGGCCAUCAAGGCGGCCAGCACUUCCAAGUUCCCUCCGCAUAGAUUUGCUGUAGACCAGCUCAGCCAUCUCAAUGUCUCUAAGAAAUGGUCCUAACCCUGUGGUUUGGUUUAAUGGAUCACUGGGCCGCCCUGUCCUUACCUGCCCUGGAACUAAAAAACUGGAGCUUCCAAAACAGUGUGAGCUUUUGCUCAUAGUCUUAUUAAAACAAACACGAACAUAGUGAUGUGCAUUUAACUCUCUAAUCUUAAAAGUAUAGUUGUCUAAACUUUCUUUAGCUGGAUAGACGGUAUCAGAGAUUUCCUGUGCCAUAAAUGCUGCAUAAUUAUAAACUUGCAGUAAAGCCACAAAUUAUAAUUUGGGGUCCAUGCUUGCGUCAACAGUUGAGAUACUUGGGGAGUUUGAUCGUGCAAUGUCAAUUUUGCUUGUCUUCUGUCAAUAAUUGCCUACAUUUAAAUGGAGGAGCCAGCUGGUGUCGUGGUUAAGGCCGCUGGAUUCGACAUAGCUGACUCUGCCCUUUUGAGUCCUGGACCCAGCUACUAGAACAACAUACUAGGUGCGUGUGUUUGGGUGCCCAAAAUCCCUGGAGGAAAAAGGACUGCCACCCUCCUCCCCAUGUGUUGUCUCACCCCCCUCUCCUGUAAGUACAUGUUCCUUACAGCAGAAUGUUUUUUAAAAUUAAAAAAAGAAAAGUGGAAACAUGACCAUUUUAAGUAUACCCCUAAAAACAUUUUCUUUUGGUAUUUGACUACAAAAAAUGGACAUUUAAAUUAAUAAAGAGUAUUUAUCAGAACUGG